AUAAAAAACAAAAGUCUCUUCUUUGUCUUUGUUUUACGACAAUUUGUGACGUUUUGUGAUGUGAACGGUCUCCGAAAAAAAAUCUGUGAACAAAAUUCGUAAAGUUUGUUUUGCAUCCGAAUGUGGAAUAAUUGUUGUAAAAAAAAUUCUAGUCGUCAUGAGAUAAUUCAAUAUAUCAAACACAAACCCAAUAGUUUUAUGUGAGAAAAUAGUUUAAAUACUAAAUCGGCGCGGGUUCGUUAAAAAUGAGCAGUGCUCCGCUGGUUGUCACGCGCUAUUCCAAUUUCAGUCUCCGAAAAGAGGAAGCUUGGAAGAGUGGUUAUUGUUGAAAGAGUAGUUAUAUGUAUGCAGCGGGAAUGGCAAUAAUGGCAGUGUCUGUUGGGGAAAUUUGCGAGAACACGAAGCUUGCUCGAGAAAUGGCAUUGAUGGGUAACUACGAAUCGGCGCUGGUAUACUAUGAAGGGACAGUCCAGAUGAUCCACAGGCUUCUCAUCACCAUCGCAGAUCCCACGCGGAAGUCCAAGUGGCAGCUGGUCCAGAAACAGAUGGCACGCGAAUACGAGCAACUGAAGGCGACCGUGGCAACCCUCCAGAUGUUCCAGCACGAUGGGGAAAAGGCUAUCACUCCGUUGACCGGUGGAUUUGAAGACCUGCCCACCCGCGACCAGAUGUGGGCCCCGGCGCCGCACGAGAUAGACCCGGACAUCUGGCCACCGCCGCCCGACCGCGACCCCGCCGCCUGGCCCUCUCCCACCAGCGUUGAACACAAAGGACCCCCCGUAAUGAAAUCUGCUCGGAACAACCCUCGCAACAACAGGACAGCAGACAAGAAGAACACAGGCCCACGCACCGCCACCACAUCACAACGAAGGACGUCAGACGCAAGGAAUCCCAAAAUUAACACCAAUAAAGCACACAGCGCAAAAACUAAGGACACAAGUAACAAAGAUCACAACAACGCAAAGGACAAACAAGAUAGAGAUAACAACAAUGGUGAUACAGACGACGAGAAACACAAUAAAGAGGAAGAACGAAGAUUCGAGCCACCUUCUGCGGCUGAUGGCGACCUGGUGGAUAUGUUAGAAAGGGAUAUAGUUCAAAAGAACCCGAACAUUCGAUGGGACGACAUAGCGGAUCUGUCGGAAGCCAAGCGAUUGUUGGAAGAAGCUGUAGUCUUGCCCAUGUGGAUGCCGGAUUUCUUUAAGGGUAUUCGUCGUCCGUGGAAAGGUGUGUUGAUGGUGGGUCCCCCGGGCACCGGCAAGACUAUGUUGGCCAAAGCCGUAGCAACGGAGUGUGGCACCACCUUCUUCAAUGUCUCCUCUUCCACUCUGACAUCCAAGUACCGCGGCGAGUCGGAGAAACUAGUCAGACUGCUGUUUGAGAUGGCGCGGUUCUACGCGCCCAGUACCAUCUUCAUUGACGAGAUAGAUUCGUUAUGUUCUCGCCGCGGCUCGGACAGCGAGCACGAAGCGUCGCGACGCGUCAAGUCGGAGCUUCUAGUACAAAUGGACGGACUGGGCUCCGCGCACGACGAACCCUCUAAGGUAGUAAUGGUAUUAGCAGCAACAAAUUUCCCCUGGGACAUCGACGAAGCCUUGCGGAGAAGACUCGAAAAGCGGAUAUACAUCCCUCUGCCCACUCAAGAAGGUCGCGAGGUGUUACUGCAAAUCAACUUGCGAGAGGUCAAAGUUGACCCCGAGGUUGACUUGCGCGCCAUUGCCAAGAAACUUGACGGGUACUCGGGCGCUGAUAUCACUAAUGUUUGCAGGGACGCCUCAAUGAUGUCGAUGCGCCGCAAAAUAGCCGGUCUCAAGCCGGAACAAAUCAAACAGCUUGCCAAGGAAGAGCUCGACUUACCCGUCACCAAGCAGGACUUCAUGGAGGCACUGGCUAAGUGCAACAAAUCCGUCUCCAAGGGCGACAUACAGAAAUAUCUCUCGUGGAUGACGGAGUUCGGCUCCUCUUGAUUGACGUAGGAUGAUAACUCGAGGACAUUGUAUACUGGUGUGAAAUACAAAACAUAGACUAAAUGGAAAAGAUAGAUGGGCAAGCUAAGCAUGUUCAUUGAAGCCAAUAUUACAGUAAUGCCACUUUUAUGAGUCUCAUCGACAAAAUUCUUGACAAGCGCAACCUAACGCCGACUUUCGAAUGUGUGUACACCAAUGAAAUACAAACCUUAUUGCUUGGUGUAAAGAUUUUAUACCUUAGAAAAAAAGAGACUUAAUUCGCGCGCACAAAACAUGGCGCACAGACAACAAUCUAUACCUCGGUGGGGCGCUUCGAAUCGGUACAGAAAUCUGAAUUGAACGUCAAUUGAACACAUUACGCUUUUCUUGAUUUAUCCCCUAUGAUCAAGUUUUCGUCACGAAAACCCCAUCCAUCUUUUUCCUUUAGUCUAUGGCUAAAUAGUUAAUACAAAAUGAAUUAAUGUGUGUAUAAAUUUUGGAAUUUUAUUUUGUAGGGAUAUUUUAUUA